CCUUGAAAAAUGACUGCAGCCACCGGAGCUUGGGUGGGGCAGGCAAUGAGGCGACAGGAGCCUUCGAAUUUAGUUGAACCUGCCCCAUUCCGCCAGCGGCGUUCCAGGUUCAGACGGUGGCCUCGGAAAGAAACCUCAGUCAAAGGAAAGCUGAGAAUCAAGUCCCCCUCGGGAGCUUUUCUUAUCCUCGGAGUGUUUGUCGUGCUUGUGGGUGUUGGAGUGGCAGUGGCGGGCUACUGGCCAAACAAAGGACAGAGGGGAAGUGAGGAUUCCCGUUCCAGCAGCAGAGCAGUAGGAGUAAGGAACAUCUUGUCUGCCCACAGCCGGUUACAAAAUGAUCGGAUGAAGCUGCUGGGACCAGUCAUAAUGGGAGUGGGGCUUUUCAUUUUCAUCUGUGCCAACACCAUGUUGUAUGAAAACCGUGAUAAGGAGACUCGUUUGCUCCUGACUCAGCAAAUUAUGGAUUCUAUGAUGGCUGUGAGCCAGUCAGCAGGGCAAGAUGGCAUAGAGGACAGGAACACUCAUGGAUUGACUGGCAUGGGCUCUCCUGAUUUAAAUAUCCGAUGCCUGGAUGUGCUGAGUGGAUCAGAUUCGCCGACAAUGCGAGCAAAGUCUGAUCAUGUGGCCAAGUGGGCAGAGUGUUGCAGGCCAACUAUCCUGCAAACCCAAGUGCAGUUCAUUCAGCAAAAGGAACAUUCCCCUUCACUGUCCCUUCAUAGCAUCCACUCUGAUUCAUGCAACUCCAGUGACGGAAAUGUCCACAUCCUUUCGUGUGCAGAGGAUAUGCCUGGCACUCCCAUUUCAGCUGCUAGUGCGCUGUUGCUUCCUGUGAUCAAAGUUAACAACUGGCCAAUUGAAUCCGGAAAUGGGUUCCACGGAGUGACGGUGCAGUCUGCUGAAACUCCUACAGAGAUUCCUCCAGGUAUCGAAAGUGGCACGGCUGUGAUAGGAGACAAUUUUAGCAGAGGUCAUGUUGUAGUAAACAUGGAUUCCUUCCCAGUGCAAAAUGUGUUGACCAAAAAGCUCUGCCCUCCAGAACUAAGCAGGAAGGAAUUUACCUCAGACACUCAUAUUAAUAUGGCGGGCCAUUCCAAAUCUUUAGAUUUAGGCCAAGUUGGGUUACAUUUAGUAGCUCCUAUGGAGGAGAGGAAAAACCGCAGCUGGCCUCGGUUAGACCUUUGCAAUAUCAAGUGGUAUACAAAACUGGGAGAAAGGGAGGACACAAUGGAUAAGCUUUUGGAUCAGUUGGAGCAGCAGUUAUAUCAGUGGGAGCAGAACUGUAAUGAAACGUGAGGAGGACCAAGAUGAAGCUAGAAUGAUCUUCCAAGAAAGCUGGAAGUGACAAUAAGUAAUCACCAUUUUGAAGAAGUCAGUCAAAUCUUUUUAUAAGAGGUAGAGCCUUUCAGCUGUAAACUCCUCACCGUGAGGAGUUUAUAUUCACAUGGGAAAACGUUCACCUACAGUACCUGUACUUGCGAGGAGGUUUAGCUUUCAUUUUUUUCUUAUUGAUGUAGAAUAUUGUUGUGUUUUAAAAGAGUUGCUUUGUCUGAAAAUAUUUAUAGAAUGCUCAAUCAAAUAUAUUUUUGCAAAAAGAAACAA